AUGUCCUCUAAAUCUCCAUUUACAAUUUCAACCAAUAAAGAAAAAUCAAUGGUAGAUAAUUUAAAAGAAAUUUUAAUAGAAUAUGAAGCCACCAUAAAACAAUUUUUUGCAUCUAUUGCGUCGUCAACUGCUGAAGGAAAAUCGCAGACUGAACAUACGCCGGUAAAAUUAAUGAAAAAUAUUGUUGAAUUAGAUAAAAAGAUGCAAAAAAGUCUUGAUCAAAUUGAAGAACAUCAGAAAGUUCAUAAUGAAAUAUUGCAAGUAGAAAAUGAACUUGAAUUAGAGAAUAGUGCAAUAUUGGAAUUGGUAAAUGCUUUGAAAGAAGGAAAAAAAGAAUUUGAGUCGAGUUUAGAAAAUGCUGAUACAACAAUUCAAGCAAUUAAUUUUGCCAAUAAAUUUACAGCAGAUGAAAUCUUAAAAUAUGCAGCCAAACUUAGUAAAUAUACAUCAGCACCAUCAAGUUUUAAUAACCAAAAUGCUAAUAUUCCACUUCAGCCCCCAUAUCCUGAUGAAACUCUUAUGCGUGCUGGAUUAUUAUUUAGACAAUAUGAUGAUGGUGAAAUCGAAGAAUUUGAUUCAAUGGAUGUUCAUAAAAACAUCAAUAAUAGUAAUAAUAACCCAAUGAUUGUCAACGAAACAACAGCAUCAUCAUAUUUACAAACUAAUCAAAUUGAACAACAAUAUAAUUUGGAUCUAAAUCCUGAUCUUGAAUAA